AUGGCCAUGGAACGGACUCGCAUCGCUAAGGUCGAGGAUGUCACCUUGUCUCGACGCGGCGAGCAAGUUAGCGGCACCAUCCAUCUCACUCCCCACCAUCUCAUCUUUGUCCAUACACCCCCACCCGCUACCAAUCCUUCGACCACCACCGCACCCAACGGCAAACCCGCGCGCCCGCGGGAACUAUGGAUAACCUAUCCCAUUAUUCACACAUGUACUCUCCGCACCAGCCCCGCAGCCUCCAGGCAACCCAGUUCGAUCCGUCUUCGGUGUCGUGAUUUCACGUUUGCCUGUUUCUAUCUCAACGAUGACCGGAAGGCAAGGGAUGUCUACGACAGUAUCCGCGCCUGGACCUGUAAACUGAGUGGAAUUGAAAAGUUGUAUGCCUUUACAUAUCAGCCUCAGGGCCCGGAAAGAGAGGUCUCACCAAAUGGCUGGUCAUUGUAUGAUCCAGUGCGUGAGUUCCUGAGGAUGGGCGUCGGUGAUGAGACCAAGAGACAGCAGUGGAGAAUCUCCAAGUUGAAUCAAGACUAUGCGUUUUCGCCUACAUAUCCCUCCGUUCUAGUCGUCCCUGCUUCCAUAUCGGACAACACUCUCAACUAUGCCGGCCGCUACCGAUCCAGAGCGAGAAUACCGGUAUUGACCUACAUCCACCCUGUCAAUGAUUGCUCGAUCACAAGAUGUUCUCAACCGCUUGUCGGGGUCCGAGGCAAUAGGAGUAUCCAGGACGAAAAGCUUCUCGCCGCAAUCUUCAAUACCACCCGUGCUGAACGUCCUCUGUCCGCCUACAACUCUCCACCACCCGAACGUGAAGACUCCGGUCCCAGCAAAGACAAAGAUACGAGCUGCCCAACCCCUCUGGACGGUGACCUUCAACAGACCGAUACCGAAGCCCUCGAAGAUGCUGUCAUAUCCAGAUUCCGGGGUGACGAUGAAGAAGCGGGCAACCAGGAUUCUGACGAGAAGAAGCCUGUGGUUUAUGGUGCUCAACAGAGAAACAUGAUUGUCGAUGCCCGGCCCACUUUGAAUGCAUUGGCCAUGCAGACUAUUGGGGCUGGUUCGGAAGACAUGAGCAAUUACAAGUUCGCAACAAAGGCUUAUCUCGGUAUCGACAACAUCCACGUCAUGAGAGACAGUCUCCAGAAAGUCAUUGAUGCUCUAAAAGAUUCCGAUCUUACCCCAUUAGGUCCCAACCGUGACCUCUUGCAAAAAAGCAACUGGUUGAUACAUAUCGCCAAGAUCCUAGAGGGUGUGAGUUUAAUUGCACGCCAGGUGGGACUACAACAUAGCCACGUUUCGAUUCACUGCAGUGAUGGUUGGGAUCGUACCAGUCAGCUGUCUUCGCUCAGCCAGAUAUGCCUGGAUCCCUAUUACCGCACAAUGGAUGGCUUUAUGGUCCUUGUCGAGAAAGAUUGGUUGAGUUUCGGCCACAUGUUCAAACACCGCUCCGGAUUCCUCAGCUCAGACAAGUGGUUUCAAAUCGAGAAUGAGAGGAUCAGUCGAGGAAAUGAAGAUGUCGAAGGUAAAGAACAGGGCGGGAAUGCCAUCGCCGGCGCCCAGAAAACAUUUGAGAAUGCCUUCCUCAGUGCCAAAGGCUUCUUCUCCAAUAGCAGGAACAAUGACUCCAGAGAGUCAAUCAAUAUUGAUUCGGACGCCGAUGCCGCUGGCAAUUACGAUUCUGAAUCCCAAGCUAGUCGACGUAUCGUUUCAGGAAGCGUCAAGAAAGAGAAGGAGAAGUUAGUGACCAAGGUCAAGGAGACUUCACCCGUUUUCCACCAAUUCCUCGAUGCCACUUAUCAACUCAUGUACCAACAUCCUACGAGAUUCGAGUUCACGGAACGAUUCUUACGCCGUCUACUGUAUCAUUUAUACUCUUGUCAGUACGGCACCUUCCUGCUCGACAAUGAGAGGGAACGGAGAGAAGCACGUUUGCGCGAUCGGACGAGAAGUGUCUGGGAUUAUUUUCUGGCUCGAAAGAAGGAAUUUACCAAUCCCAAGUAUGACCCGGUCGUCGAUGACAAUGUUCGGGGCAGGGAGAGAUUAAUCUUCCCAAGAUCUGAAGAGACCCGGUGGUGGAAUGAAUUGUUUGGCCGCACAGAUGAUGAGAUGAAUGCCAAGCCGGUGAAACUUCAACCCAACGGCGGCAGUGAUGGCGAAACAGAUGUAUGGACGUCUGUGGGCACACAAUCCGGUUCCGCCUCUGUCCCUAUCUCGAGAAGCAGAACGCCGGUUCUCAUCGGCGUCGAGACCAGUGAGGCGAGUAUUGGACUGACGGCUUCCCCUCAAUUGCAAGAACCGGUAUCGAGGACUAGAACUCCCGUCGGUUCCAUUGGCCAUGCUGCGUCUCCAAAACCAGAGGAGUCGCUGUCCAAGCAGAAGAUUGCGCCUGCCCUUGAGUCUGAGCCGGCGCUGAAGCCAACGACACAAGACUCUGAACAAUUGAAAGCUCCCGCACUCGGGAUUCCAUUUGUGCCCACCACAGAAAACGAAGGAACGGCCGAUGUCCAAUUGCAAACUUCUCAACCAAGCAUCCCUGCUACUGCAGGUUCAGAGAUACAUCCUCCAGUACAGCAACUAGACCCAGAAGUCGAAGCAAUGGCUGACGACUUGGAUCCUCUUGGUAUUGGCGACGUUAAGGACCAUGUGCCACAGUCUAAGAGGGCGCAGAACGCGCAAGAUCGUCGCCGCGAACAGAUGGACAUGUUGCUGAAAUAG